UUGCGUUUUGUUGACAUUUGUUUGUGAAAGACAAAAACAGAGAGCACGCACAGGAUGGUUGAUGUUUUUGAAACUUAACGAGCGGACAUCGGGGCAGAUCAAAACGACCUGGGCCGAUAAUAAAGCCGGUACUGAGGGAGGUGAAGAAUCCUCUUCUGAGGACUGGACUCAACAAGAAACGGGAAGAAGAGCAGCAGAUGGACGGAGAGAGUCUGGAACAAAACAAACCGUGUCACCCUGACUACGCUACGGCUGAAUCACUGGCGGGCUAGCCGGCUACAGACACUGAGCUCUGCUUGUCUUAUUGGAACGAGACUGACAUCUUAUUAUACAAAUACUGAAGCUCAGUGUAGAGGACUUCUAAUCGCAUCUUAUUAUUCGGCAUGUCAUCGUUGUAGUGUAGGGUUACGCAGACGCAAGAGUUAGCAGGCUAAUAUUGGUGUGCUGUAGCCGCUAAUUGGCUACAGUAUGUAGAUGAGGCUGAGAGUCUGCUUGUUGGGUAAAGUUGAAACUGCAAGUAUCUCGUCUGUUUUGAGUGACUGAAUAAUAUGAAGCGCAAUGGCUAACUUUGAAGCCUACCAGGAAUAUCACAGGAUUGAUGACUUCGAGGAAGACUCACCACCAGGGGAGGAAGAUUUACUGGUGCAUGUACCCGAAGGCCUGAAAGACUCAUGGAAUCAUAUCAAGAACUUGGAUAACUUCUUCACAAGAAUUUAUCACUUCCACCAAAAGUAUGGCUUUGCCUGCAUGAUGUUGUCGGAGUUCUUUGAACUUGUUCAGUUUUUGUUUGUUGUCACAUUCACUACGUUCCUCGUCAACUGUGUGGAAUAUGAUAUCCUGUUUGCCAAUCGAGCGGUCAACCACACUGGGCAAGGUCAAAACCCUUUGGAUAGGAACAAAGUCACUCUGCCCGAUGCCAUCCUCCCAAGCCAGCAGUGCACUGAGAGGAUACAAGAGAACAGCUGGAUCAUAUUCCUCCUCAUCAUGGCAGCGAUCUUCUGGAUCUAUCGACUUGUGAAAGUCAUCUGCAAUGUUUUGAGCUACUGGGAGAUCAGGCAGUUUUACAUCAAAGCACUAAAGAUCAAAAUGGAUGAACUAUGCAAUUUCACAUGGCAGGAGGUCCAGGACAGACUUAUUAACCUGCAGAGAGAACAUCAAAUGUGCAUUCACAAGAAAGAGCUGACAGAACUUGAUAUCUACCACCGCAUCCUCCGUUUUAAGAACUACAUGGUGGCUAUGAUAAACAAAUCCCUGCUGCCGGUGCAUUUGCAGUUCCCCCUAUUGGGCAAUGUGGUCUUCUUAACCCAGGGCCUCAAGUACAACUUUGAACUCAUUCUUUUCUGGGGCCCUGGCUCUCUCUUUCAAAAUAAGUGGAACCUGCAUCCCAAGUACAAGCGCAACGGAAACCGCCUGGAGCUCGCCCAGCAGCUCAGCAGAGUCAUCCUGCUGAUAGGUCUGGCCAAUUUACUGCUGUGCCCCUUCAUCCUGGUUUGGCAGGUGCUCUAUGCUUUCUUCAGCUAUACAGAAGUGAUCCGAAGGGAGCCCGGAAGCCUGGGCGCACGCCGCUGGUCCCUGUACGGCCGUCUAUACCUGCGUCACUUCAACGAGCUGGACCAUGAGCUGCAUGGACGAUUAGGCCGUGGCUACAAACCCACUUCCAAAUACAUGAACUCCUUUACAUCACCUCUGCUGACUGUGCUAGCUAAGAACAUUGCCUUCUUCUCGGGCUCUGUAUUAGCUGUUCUCAUUGCACUGACCAUUUAUGAUGAGGAUGUUCUCACAGUGCAGCACAUUCUGACUGCUAUCACUGUGCUUGGGGUGGUCAUAACCAUCACCAGGUCUUUCAUCCCAGAUGAGCAUAUGGUGUGGUGUCCAGAACAGCUGCUGCAGUGCGUGCUGGCACACAUUCACUACAUGCCAGACCACUGGAGGGGCAACGCUAACAAGGGCGAGACUCGUGACGAAGUGGCACAGCUGUUCCAGUACAAAGCGGUGUUUAUCCUCGAGGAGUUGCUCAGUCCCAUUAUCACACCCUUCAUUCUCAUCUUCAUCCUGAGAAGCAAGUCUCUAGAAAUCAUUGACUUCUUCAGGAAUUUCACUGUGGAAGUUGUUGGAGUUGGGGACAUCUGUUCUUUUGCGCAGAUGGACAUCAGACGCCAUGGAAACCCAACAUGGAUGUCACAGGGCCAGACCGAGGCCUCCGUGUAUCAGCAGGCUGAGAACGGCAAGACGGAGUUGUCCCUCAUGCAUUUCACCAUAAAGAACCCUCGCUGGCAGCCACCUCAGGAGAGCUCAGUGUUCAUCAGUCACUUAAAGGAGAAGGUGCAGCAUGAUGCACAGGGUGGCCCCUCCACACAGCUGCUGCUCUCAGAAGCUCCCCUCUGCACCUCGCUACAGUCCAAUGAGUCUGGCGCUGGGCCUGAAAAUCUUUUAGCCAGUGUCCUGGCCCACCCCAUCCUCACUGCAUCUGGACUGCAGGGACGAGACCAUCGCUUCAUCCCUCCAAGCACUGCUGCUUCUGCUGCAGCCAGCGUCCUGGCCUCUUUAUCCACCUCUCAGCUUGUACAUUCUAGUCGAGGCCGCUCACAUAGCCUCGUACCUUCCUCCAUCCACCCCGAGACCACCAUGUUCCGGAGCGAUCGCACCGUUAUCGACAGUAUGUCCAACAUUGAUUCUCACAUCCGGAAAAAUGCAUUGCAGUCAGAGUUCGCCUCAGCAGAGAUGAGUCUUCAUGCCAUCUACAUGCAUGAGCUGCAUCAGCAGACCUCCCACCCACAGAGGACGUCAGGGCAGUGGCAGAAUCCAGUGCCACUGAGAGAUCUGCAAACAAACCCUGGGUUCCAUGACCAUAGUGGCCAUGGUUCCAGCAUUUCCAUGCCCACCCCCGUCCAUCUUGGUGGCUGGAAAGAGGAGGAAGAAGUGGAUGAAGAUGAUCAGGAGAUCAAUAUCAGAUCUACUCCAAAACAGGGCACAGGAAGUAGUUGUUGAAGUGCCUUUUUCAUCAGGUAUACGCUCCCAUUCGAGCCUUCUUGCGUUCAUGCUGUGUGGUUCUCUUUCCUGUGACGUUACUUGCGGAAACUAAAAAUGGCUUUGUAUCCUAACUCUGACGAUACACCGCCAUAAUAAUUUCCCCUUUAUUUUGUUAUAAUGCUUGCAUUUUCCUUUCUUCAGUGAACAUUGUGGCCUUAGAUGAUCUACAUGGAGAGUUUAGUAAGGACCUUUCAGUGUUUUAUUUUUUAUUUUUUUUGUAGGAGUGGCGCAUUGAUGAAUAACCACUGUCUCUGCACCUCCAUGCCUCAUCCUGUUGUAUCAGGCAGACUACGGCAUCAGGGAAACUAUGUCUUCCGCCCAGUUUGUCAUGAUAUUGUAAUUAUAAAUGUACAAACUGCAUAUAAAACUAACGCGAUGAUAGAGAGGGUCAUGUAAUUAUAGGAUCGCUGGCUGGUGGGUGUGGGAAGUUUUAUUAUAAAAUGCAGAAGAUCCACCACAACUUCUGCUCUGCCUCUGCGCACAGCAUUGUUCAAAUGUGGAUCACAGGGUUCUUCAGCUGGUUUUCCACAGAAUUGUAUAUUAAAAUUUGAUACAACAGAAAGACUGCAAAAUAUAUCUGAGCUGCCUGAACAGAUCCGAAACACAAUAUUUCAACGUGUGCUGCCAGACCCUUGUGUUAUGUAAAUAGGCUAGAAUUUUGUGUUUUAUUGGUCCUUUUAAAAGGUCUUUUUUUUUUUUCAGACCAGAUUUAUUUCUUGAAAAAAGAUACAAAGUAUUAAUGUCAUGAAAAUCUGAGUGUACAGUUGCCGUACUACUACGACAUCGUGUGUAUGUAGACAAAGCCCUGUCGGGUGUUGAAAAUAUGAUGCAAGAUGUCUUCUGACUCGGUAACCGCGUGCUUUGUUGCUGCUAUUUAUGUUUAGUGGUCCUAAAUACUGAUUUCGUUCAGUAUUAUUAUUAUUAUUAUUUCUACAGCUGAUGUAUCCUGGAGAAAAAAAAUAGGCUUUUUCGUACUUGGAGGAAUGAAAUGAGCACCAAUUAUUCUUGCCAUCCAAAUCCCAAAACAAAUAGAAGAUGCAUCCUGCUUAAAGCAAGCCGCAAAAUCCGGUUUAUGCCUUAACACAGUAUUAAAAAAAAAAUUCAUGUUUAAAUUCUAGUUCUCUGUAUUACCUCAACAGUGGUAAAAAAAAUAAAUAAUAAUAAAUACAAACUCCCAUCAAUACCUCUCAACCAUAAAUAUUUAUAUUAUUUAUAUGUCUUUUUGGGGGGAAUAAUGCAUGUAUGCAUAUUUUAUUCAAGUUUGAAUAUUAGUGGCAGGUGUAAAUGGGAACCAUUUCAGUUUCUGCUCCUACUUCUUGCCACCAAAUGAGUUGAGCUUGGACGUGAUGGAUUUUGUUUUUCUUCUAACAAACCAGGGAUGUAUUAAUUUAACAAAAUAUUUGCUGUGCUUAGAUAUAUAUUUUUCUCCAAACUUCUUAUCAAAAGGGCUGAUUUUAGACUGCGUUCUGUUGCCUGUGCACCUUUACAUAUGAUGUUUUUAGGAUCAAUUUCUCUGAGACUGUUUUCUUCCAAAUUAAGUGCAUGAGGAGGGGGGAAAAGCCUCUCUGGAAGCAGCCUCAUUUAUUAUCAUUAGGAGUAUUUAUAACUUGACUUUCCCCACAUAUAUAACUUUUAAAAGUAUAUAUGUGUUAUUUAUUUAAAAAUAUAUUUGGAUUGUUUUAAAGACAUAGUUAACUUUUAAAGGAGCUUAUAAUCUUACCAAUGACAGAGGUUAUACUUUUAUUAUUGAAAGAAUCCCUUCUCCCCCACUCACAGUAGUUUUGUUAUGUUUUGAUAUCAAAAGAAAAGACAAGGUGACAUUAUGUUUAAAUUCCAUCCACACUUUAAAUGAACCACAACUAAAUCUAGUAAUUGUAUGCAAAAUGUUACUCAGUCCAUUUUCAUUGCAAUCUAUGAGCACCGGACUGCAUCCAUUUAAGAUUUAAAUCCCAUCCACUUCUCCGAUGUUACACAUGCAUCGUUUGAUAUGUGUUUACAAGCUAUUUAAGUUGUUUUUGAGAGUGCAUGUGUCUGUGGAAGGUGUAACCAUGCUAACAUGAACUCACACUUGCACUGACAGACAGCCAUAAUGUGUGUUUGGACAUGUAUAUAAUUUGCACCGAUAACCUUUUUAAAAAGGACAGGUCUUACUGUGUCACUCUGCAUCCUGAUAGUUUUCUUUUCACUGUUUGUAUACAAGCAUCAGUGUGUAACAUGUUGUCAUGCCAACAACAGACCAAAAGGAAAACACUGUGGUCAAUAUCAUAAGGCACUUCUUACCUCUGUUCAGAAGAAGUUCAUUUUGCAUGGGAGGAUGUUUGCUUCUGUCACACUUAAUUAUGCUUCCAUGGGUUUUGUGGUCAGUGUAUUUGUGCCGUAUAUUCUACAUCCGGUAAGUUUAAUGUCGUAAAAACACUGGAACUCAGUUUUGUGUGCAGAAAUUUGAAAGUCUCCACAUUUACACCCCCCAGUGUACAGUUUAAUGUUUGUCAUUUGAUUAUAACCAGUGCCUUAGUAUUAAGGAUUAGUAUUUGUUCCUUUUAGAAGCCAUCUCAUGUAAAUCAUCAAAUCUCAUGGACUUAGCAGCACAUACAAUGUACAGUAUUUUUAAUCAGAAAGUCAUUGUGUAUAAAGCAUCAGGAAUGUUGUGAAACAGUGGAUUGGGCAGUUACAAUAAGUCGCUAACUGAUGUUGAGAAGUUGUUAGUCUUUUGUUUAUGUCAUCUUCUGCUUCUUGUCAAGGUGUCUGGGAUAAUGCUGUCAUCAGUAAUGUAAAGAAACGAUUGUUUACCUUUUUAAUUGGCAGUGUCAUCGUGGCCAAACCUCUUAUCCCACUACAGUUUCUAAUCCACUACACACCAGUCAAAAAAAAACAACCACUAUGACUGGGACAAGGUGCUAAGUUUUCAUACUGAGGUGGGGAAUAUGUUUUCAGACUUCUUUUUUUUUUCUGCAAAGUUUUGUUGAUUUUGUUCAAUGAACUACGAUGCAUUUGCUGAGAGAUGAAACAUGCCAAAAGAACUUGUUUUCAGCACAGCUUUAUUAUAAGUGUUUUCUGUGAGUAGAGUGGCAAAUAAAAACGUUUGAGUGUGUUUAAUCAUUUCAUGAGUGAUUAUGUAAUGCUUAUUUGGAAUAAAAUAAAAUA